AUGGUCAGUGGCGUGGAUUCCGUGGUCUUUGAUGAUGUGGCUGUGGUCUUCAGCCCAGAAGAGUGGGCUCUGCUGAAUCUCGCUCAGAGGAAACUCUACAGAGACGUGAUGAAGGAAACCUUGUCGAAUUUGGACUCAUGUGAGAGCAUUGACCGCGUGUGCCGCUAUCAGACACUGAGAGAGUGCUGUGAGUUUGGAAAAGCCUUCAAGCAUCCUGCUACUUCGCACGUUGGAUUCAAUAUCUGCCAGUGUGUGGAAUGUGGAGAAACCUGCAGCUGUCCCUCUCACCUCACCAAACAUGAAAGAACUUACAAUGGAGAGAGGCCUUAUGAAUGUAAGGAAUGUGGGAAAGCUUUCUGGCAUCUCUCAGUCUUCUCUAAACAUAUCAGAACUCACAGUGGAGAGAGGCCUUAUGAAUGUCAGGAAUGUGGGAAAACCUUCAGUGAUUCCUCAAUCCUCACUAAACAUAUAAGGACUCACGGUGAAGUUAAGCCGUAUGAAUGUAAGGAAUGUGGGAAAUCCUUCAGGCAACUCUCAACCCUCACUGAACAUGUUAGAAUUCACAGUGGAGAGAGACCUUAUAAAUGUAAUGAGUGUGAGAAAGCGUUUAUUAAUGCCUCUUCUCUCACUGAACAUAUAAGGACUCACAAUGAAGAAAAACCUUAUGAGUGUAUGGAAUGUGGGAAAGCUUUUUGGCAUCUCUCAGUCCUCUCUAAACAUAUCAGAACUCACAGUGGAGAGAGGCCUUAUGAAUGUCAGGAAUGUGGGAAAGCCUUCAGUCAGGCUUCAUCCCUAACUAGACAUAUCAGGACUCACAGUGGAGAGAGGCCUUACGAAUGCCAGGAAUGUGGGAAAGCCUUCAGUGAUUCCUCAACCCUCAGUAGACAUGUAAGAACUCACAGUGAAGUUAAGCCGUAUGAAUGUAAGGAGUGUGGGAAAUCCUUCAAGGAACUCUCUACUCUCACUGAACAUGUUAGAAUUCACAAUGGAGAGAGACCUUACAAAUGUAACGAGUGUGAGAAAGCAUUUGUUAACGCCUCUUCUCUCACUGAACAUACGAGGACUCACAGUGGAGAGAGGCCUUACAUAUGUAAGGAGUGUGGGAAAGCUUUCACACAUGCCUCCUCCCUCACUGAACAUAUCAGAACUCACAGUGGAGAGAGGCCUUAUGAGUGUAAGGAGUGUGGGAAAGCCUUUUGGCAUCUCUCAGUCCUCUCUAAACAUCUAAGGACUCAUAGUGGAGAGACACCUUAUGAAUGUCAGGAAUGUGGAAAAGCCUUUAGUCAGGCUUCAUCCCUAACCAGGCAUACAAGAACUCACAGUGGAGAGAGGCCCUAUAAGUGUAAGCAAUGUGGGAAAGCCUUCAGUGAUUCCUCAGCCCUCACUAGGCAUAUAAGAACUCACAGUGGAGUUAAGCCGUAUGAAUGUAAGGAAUGUGGGAAAUCCUUCAGGCAGCUCUCAACUCUCACUGAACAUAUUAGAAUUCACAGUGGAGAGAGACCUUACAAAUGUAAGGAGUGUGAGAAAGCAUUUAUUAAUGCCUCUUCUCUCACUGAACAUAUAAGGACUCACAGUGGAGAGAGGCCUUAUAUAUGUAAGGAGUGUGGGAAAGCCUUCACACAUGCCUCCUCCCUCACUGAACAUAUCAGAACUCAUAGUGGAGAGAGACCUUAUGAGUGUAAGGAGUGUGGGAAAGCCUUUCGUCAAGCCUCCUCCCUCAUUAAACAUAUAAGAACUCACAGUGGAGAGAGGCCUUACGAAUGUAAGGAAUGUGGAAAAGCCUUCAGUCAGGCCUCAUCCCUCAUUAAACAUAAAAGAACUCACACUGGAGAGAGGCCCUAUAAGUGUAAGGAAUGUGGGAAAUCCUUUACCCAUGCCUCAUCCCUCACUAGGCAUAAAAGAACUCAUGGUAGACAGAGGCCUUAUGAGUGUAAGGAAUGUGGGAGAUCUUUCAGACAGCUCUCAGCCCUCACUAAACAUAUAAUAACUCACUGGAGAGAAGCUUUAUAUAUGUAA